CACCCCUCCGCUCUUCGUACAUCAAAAAUCUGCCUGUCAAAAUUUUUAUUUAUUUUUUUCUCUUUCUCUUCCUUUUGUUUUACUUAAUAUAACAAUGGCCGACAACGCAGUUAUUAAACCUACUGCUUCAGCUCCAGCUAUCGAUACUUCCAACUGGCCUCUUUUGUUAAAGAACUACGAUCAACUUAAUGUUCGUACUGGUCAUUAUACUCCUAUUCCUAGUGGUUGUUCUCCUUUGAAGCGUCCUCUUGAUGAAUAUGUUCGUUAUGGUGUUAUUAACCUUGAUAAGCCUGCUAAUCCUUCCUCUCACGAAGUUGUUGCUUGGAUUAAGCGUAUCCUUCGUGUUGAAAAGACCGGUCACAGUGGUACUCUUGAUCCCAAGGUUACUGGUGGUUUGAUUGUCUGUGUUGAUAGAGCUACUCGUUUAGUCAAGUCUCAACAAGGUGCUGGUAAAGAAUACGUGUGUAUCUUGCGUCUUCACGAUGCUAUUGAAAGUGAAAAGAAGUUGUCUCAAGCUAUUGAAACCUUGACAGGUGCUCUUUUCCAACGUCCUCCUCUUAUUUCUGCUGUCAAGCGUCAAUUGCGUGUUCGUACUAUCCAUGAAAGCAAAUUGAUCGAAUUCGAUAACGAUCGUCAUCUUGCUGUCUUCUGGGCUUCUUGUGAAGCUGGUACUUAUAUGCGUACUUUGUGUGUUCACUUGGGUCUUUUGCUCGGUGUGGGUGGUCACAUGCAAGAACUUCGCCGUGUUCGUUCUGGUACUACUUCUGAAAACGAUGAUAUUGUUACUAUGCAUGAUGUAUUGGAUGCUCAAUGGUUAUAUGACAACACCAAGGACGAAUCCUAUCUUCGUCGUGUCAUUCGUCCUUUGGAAUCACUUUUGACCAACUACAAGCGUGUUGUUGUCAAGGACAGUGCUGUCAAUGCCAUCUGUUACGGUGCCAAGUUGAUGCUUCCCGGUCUUUUGCGUUUUGAGAGCGGUAUUGAAGUCAAUGACGAGAUUGUGUUGAUGACAACAAAGGGUGAAGCCAUUGCUCUUGCCUAUGCCCAAAUGACCACGGCUGUCAUGGCUACUUGUGACCAUGGUGUUGUUGCUAAGGUGAAGCGUGUCAUUAUGGAACGUGAUACAUACCCUCGCAGAUGGGGUAUGGGUCCUGUUGCUCUUGCCAAGAAGAAGUUGAAGACAGAAGGCAAGCUUGACAAGUACGGUCGUAUCACAGACGAAACACCUGCUACUUGGAAGAAUGCCUAUGUUGAUUAUGCCAAUAACCCUGAUGGUAAGCAACCUGAGCCUGUCUUUGGUACAUCUUCAGAAACUGUUGUUGCUGCUGCUGGUAUGGCUCCCAAGAUUACUGUGCUUGAUGUUGCUGCUAAAGAUAAUAACAAUAAGCGCCCUGCCGAAGAUGAUUUAGAUGAAACUGAAGGCAAGAAGGCCAAGAAAGAGAAGAAGGAGAAAAAAGAAAAGAAGGAGAAGAAAGAAAAGAAGGAGAAGAAGAACAAGGCUUAAAUAUAUACAUACAUAUAAAUAAUCCACCCAU